AUGUCGUCCUUCCACAUCGUUGAGCACACGAUUCCCUGUCAACAUAUUCGAGAGUAUCCCCGAGCUACGGCUGGAUCACAGGAAGAUGUGUUACAUCUGGCGGUGAAACAAUAUAUACCGAAAGACAACCCGAAUCCGCAGCCUGGAGAUGUCACGAUCAUCGGCGCACAUGCAAAUGGGUUCCCCAAAGAGCUGUACGAGCCACUGUGGGAUGAUAUACAUGCUCAGUCAAAAAGACAUGGCUUUCGUAUAAGGAGCAUAUGGAUUGCCGAUGUUGCACAGCAGGGUCACAGCAGCGUUCUGAACGAACAACUGCUUGGGAAUGACCCUGCCUGGAAUGAUCACCCCAGAGAUCUACUACACAUGAUCAAUCUGAAGCGAGACCAGAUGCCGCGGCCGAUCAUAGGUAUCGGCCAUUCAAUGGGCGGGAAUCACUUAGUGAAUCUUGCGUACCAUCACCCCCGUCUUCUCACCACUCUAGUCCUCAUCGACCCUGUAAUCCAAGUUUAUUCGUCUGUCGCUCCAACAGUCGGUCCUAACCCGGCACGUUUAUCCACAUUUCGCCGUGAUGUCUGGCCUUCGCGCGAAGAAGCUGCAAAGUCGUUCAAGAAGAGCAAGUUUUAUCAAGCAUGGGAUCCGCGCGUACUAGAUCGAUGGGUGAAAUACGGACUGAGAGACAUGCCCACUUUGCUUCAACCGGACGGAUCGAAGAAUAACGAUGGGUCGCCCAAGGUAACGUUGACAACCCCGGUCUCCCACGAAGUCUUCACCUUCCUUCGGCCGAAUUUCGAGGGAUGCGGAUACAACGGCCGCCCCGUAAAUCGGAAAACUCACCCAGACCUGAACCCUGCUUUGCCCGCAAUCUAUCCUUUCUACCGCGCUGAGGGGCCCCAGACUUUCUUCCGCCUCGAAGAACUCCGGCCGUCCGUGCUCUACGUCUUUGGAGGGAAAUCCGACGUCGGCACACCCGACGCCUGCAAGGCGAAAAUGGAUCAUACGGGUGUCGGCGUUGGAGGCAGCGGAGGCGUACCCGCAGGAAGAGUCCGGAGUGUGCUCUUCGAAGACCUUGGCCAUCUCAUCGCCAUGGAGGCAGUAGACCGGACGGCGGAGUCCGCAUGCGACUGGAUCGGACACGAGAUGAAGAUCUGGCGUGAGGACGAGGAAGAGCACAACCGAACCUGGAAGAAGAAGAGCCUGGUGGAGAAGCAGAGCAUCGAUGACACGUGGAGGAGGAUGAUAGGCGGACCAUACGAGAAGAAGCCCAAUGGCCCGAAGCUGUGA